UGAAUGACAGUUUGUGGUUCGUUAUCUGUGGUAAGGUUGUUGAAUAUGGCGGAAAAACAAAGUACAAAAGUUUCGGCAGAUAAUGGGCAAUGAAUUCUCUAGCUUAAAUUGACUUAAUCCGUGUGUUAAUCGUUACUGACGCGUGUUUACGUUUCUCAUGUGAUGUGUUACUCAGCAGAAGAGGAGGACUUCUUCAAUGCCGAUAAUAUAAGGCUGAUAGGCAGUGAUCGAUGUAUAAAACUCUCUGACUGUGGGAGACAUCCUCCGAGGUAAAGCGACGAACUGCAAAGAGAACUCGAGGACGUGCUGAUUGUAUAGGCAGAGCAGAGGGCGCCACUGUCCAUCACAAGGCGUCGGCUUUGAGAUUGUCUCUGACAGUAUUGUUAAUUUGGUUUGCUAGUUUCCAAACUGAGUGCCUUAUAAUGAGUAUGAAGAGGAUUCGCCGCAGGCUUUCUCAGACGUUCCGUUUCAGCAUUGAAGGAUCAUUAUCUGAGUUAGCUGAACAGUUGACUAUUGAUAAUAAUGAAGAAAUUAAGAAGAAUGGUGUGGUUUCUGGAUUUUCGGAAUUCAACAGGAAGCUUUCACUGUCACAUUCUCGAAUUCUGGAACCAACGCAGCAUGGAGGUGUAGUGUAUGAGAAUCGACGGUUUGGAUCUGAUGGAGAAUCAGAAGAGGCAUCAGGAACUUCAGAUGAAGUAAUGUCUCCAGCUCCUGUGAAACUUCGUCCAAAAUGUCGGAGACUGAGUGAGCAAGACAUUAACAAGCGACUGUCGUUACCUGCUGAUCUUCAUCUACCGGAAUCAUUUAUUGCAAAGCAAAAUGUGAGUCCUACAAUUGAGGGUCCACUCACACGUGCUACGAGAAGGCAAUCACUUUCAGAGAUUGGAUUUGGGCGUAUUGAAACGUAUACAAAGUUAGAUAAGCUUGGGCAGGGCACAUAUGCAACUGUUUUCAAAGGAAAAUCAAGGCUGACUGAUAACCUUGUUGCCUUAAAAGAAAUUCGCCUUGAACAUGAAGAAGGCGCUCCAUGCACAGCAAUAAGAGAGGUUUCUUUACUUAGGGAGCUCAGACAUGCCAACAUAGUGACAUUACAUGACAUAGUUCAUACUGAGAAGUCUCUCACCUUAGUGUUUGAGUAUUUAGAAAAGGAUUUGAAGCAAUACAUGGAUGAGUGCUGCAACAUUCUCAGCAUGAACAAUGUAAAGAUAUUCCUUUUCCAGCUUCUUCGUGGUCUUGCGUACUGUCACCGAAGGCGAAUACUACAUAGAGAUCUUAAGCCACAAAAUCUCUUAAUAAAUGAAAGGGGUGAACUAAAGCUGGCUGAUUUUGGUUUGGCUAGAGCAAAGUCUGUUCCUACAAAAACAUACUCAAAUGAAGUCGUAACACUUUGGUACCGCCCACCAGAUGUGCUUCUCGGUUCUACAGAGUAUUCAACUCAGAUUGAUAUGUGGGGUGUUGGGUGCAUCUUUUAUGAGAUGGCAAGUGGCAGACCACUUUUUCCAGGAUCUACAGUUGAUGAGGAGCUAAGACUUAUUUUUCGGGUGCUGGGUUCACCCCCAGAGGAUGCCUGGGGUGGUGCUGCUGCAUCAUAUGCACAUCCUUACAAUGCUCCUACACCACUGAAUUCUUGGGCUCCUCGUUUAGAUGCUGAUGCCACUGAUUUACUCACAAAGUUCCUCAAUUAUGAAGCCAAAAAACGCAUAUCUGCAGCAGACGCAAUGAAACAUCCUUACUUCCAUUCACUGGGAUCAGCAGUUCAUAAACUACCUGAUGUUGCUUCUAUCUUUACGAUUCCUGGAAUACAAAUUACUAGAGAUCCUGGAUCUCAUUUCCCAAAGUCAACAACAAGUGGGAGAAAUCGCCGGCAGAGUAUGUUGUUAUGAGACCCUGCUCAAUGUAGAAGAAUACAUUGUAAAUAGUUUUAUUAUUGACUGUGCAUUCAGACAGGACGACUACUGAAAAUAGUAAAUACGUUAUUUUUUGAUGAUCAUAUUACCUGUGCCUGUUAGAAGUGUGUGGAAAUGUUUACUUUUUACCGUAUUCUCAGAAAAAGGUGCAAGAUUGAUGCAGUCUUCUCUCUGAAGUUGAUAAUUCAUUGGAAGAACAGAAUUACUCGAGUGUGAGAAAUUAUUAUUGUUUUAUUGAAAGUGUAUAUAUCUAUAUAUGGAUCAGACACACAAUGUGAAUGAAGGUCAUUUCAAAGCAGAAUGUUAUUUUGGCAAACUAUUUAAGUAGCUGCCAUUUUUCCAAAUAAUGAUUGAAAGUUUUUCUUGGUAGUAAAUGAGUAGUACUUUUAGUACAUGGUUGAUUAUUUGUUGUGCUUAUAAACAAAGCUGACUACAUGUCCGCAAUUGUUUCUGAAGAACCUGACUACCCAUGCUGGUCAUGGAAUGUUGAGCAAGGCCCAUGUAUACACAUCACACUGUGUGCAGACUACAACUGCUUAAUUGUGAAAAUUGUCUGUUAUUGGUGAAAAUGCCAAAAAAAUUAACACACUUUUGUCAUGCAAGAGACUUUUUAUAGUAUUUCAGUAGUUACAAAAUGUGUCUAGCUGCUGCUGAAAACUCUGUGAAGUAUGACAAAUCUGUGUCACCUCAUUAAAUGUGUUAUCUCACCUUACUGGUCAUAAAAUGUUGAGGCCCACAUCAUCACAUCAGUUUUAUGGAAAGAAUUCCUUGAUGUUCAGAUAAUUCCAGUUUUUGUGUGAUUCCCAUUUCAUGCCAUCCUUAAGGUGUAGGACAAAAGACACUGGCUUUAAAUUUUCGCAUGAGGAAAUUUUAUUUUUAUGUUCCUCAUUAUUAAUAUUCAUUAAUUUUAAUCUGCCAGAAGUAAAGCUGUGAGUACCGGGCGUGACUCGUGCUUCGGUAGCUCAGAUGGUAGAGCACUUGCCCGCGAAAGGCAAAGGUCCCGAGUUCGAGUCUCGGUCGGGCACACAGUUUUAAUCAGCCAGGAAGUUUCAUAUCAGUGCACACUCCGCUGCAGAGUGAAAAUCUCAUUCUGCAUUUUAAUCUUCUUUACACUCUCUUUAGAUAAGUGAUAAGUUUCAGAAGUUCUGCAUAUUCUUGAUAUUUCGCCAGUACCAAUAACUAUGUAUGCUUUACUACUUCAUACUUACCAGAUGCGGCAGGAAAGGGAACAGCUUACCUAAAACUGUGUGACAUUAGAAAUUAUGACAUGUUCACUAUAAGUGAUAACUGUAUGGGUAUUGAAUGUGGUGCAUCUCCAGUUUAUUUAAAGCAUUGGUGUAAAUCUACAACACAGAUGCCAAAAAAGAUUAUUUCAAGUGCAAUAAAGAUUAUUGUGUCAUCCCGCUUUUAUAUCUGUUAAUGAUGAUGAUGGCAGCAGUUUUGACUCUUUUGUACUAUUUCCCUAACUAAUGAAUUUUUGUUUACAGACUCUUCUGAACCUGAUAGAUGACAUUCUGUGUGACCAGUGAAUGGGAAGGAAUUUCUAAUUUAUCAGAUCCUUACAUUACGAAUGGAGUGGUGUUUUUCAUUUUUAAAAAAGAAAAAAAGCUUCUGUGUUGAUUUCUUAAAAUUUCUUGGUCUUCAAAAUGCUUUAAAUGAAAAGCUUUUGCGUCAGGAAAUGAGAAGUUACAUCUUAUGAUUGUACAGGACAAACUGAUUUUGUAAUCCUCUUGUAACACCUUUCAUUAUUAUUGUUCUUCAAGUAUCCAUCAACCAGUUAAAAUGUGCCUUAUUGGUUAUGGAUAUCACUUUUUCCUCAAGACAGAAAUGUCAAUAUUAAAAUCUUAGUCACAUUUCUGGAAACAGAUAGCUUGAUAUAAACUUGUGCUCAUGUGUUGAUCAAAAAGGGGGAUUUACCAUUUCUCCCAAUAGGAAGCAAGGGUAUGUAGUUGUGAUGACUUUUCUUUUAUUCUGGUUGAAACAAACUGGCUACAAUCAUUCCAAUUUGUGAUGACUGCCAGAUUUUAUACACUGCAAAUCUCUUACUUUCCAUAUUAGAUACUACUGUCUACUGUGUGCCCAGUUUGUCUUAUGUACACCACAAUUACAAAGAAUUGUUGACAUUGCAAUCUUGUUUAGAAGAUUUCAUCUAUAUUUGAAUUGGCCAUUAAUUCUAGCCAUUGCAUUGAAAAAAAAUCUAAAAAUAAUUUUCCAAAAUCACUUUCAGUUUUCCAUUGGUGUUAAUGUGAUCUUGCAAAAAUGUGUUUGCACUCAUAUGAGGAAAAUUGUUUUUAUGAAUGCUGAACACUUCACAAUGUGUGGAUAUAUCAACAGUGCUAUUGUAGUUGAUUUAUUUCACAAUAGUUUUUUUGUCAUCAUUUAAAAAAUUCUGUAUGCAGAAGAUUUCUUUUCAGCUGCUUGCAGCUCCUCUUUCUGCAACAUUUGCUGGAAAAAGAAAGUUAUCAUUUCAGAAAUGUUAACAUUGUGAAAUUGUUUUAUAGACGAAUUUAUCCACAAAACACUUCCACUGGCAACAGCAGCGAUUAUCAUAUCUCUUUAUGUUGAAAGAAGAGGUUCUUGUGAUUUUGACAUUUAUUUUGUCAAUGACAUAUUAUCAUAAAAUAAUUUCAUAUUCUGACACACAAAAUCUUUUGUUAGGUUUUUUAUUUAUUUAUUUAUGUUUAGAUACCUACAAUAUACUGACAGUUUCCUCAAGCAAGAGAAGUUUUCCUCAGGCAAGAGAAGUAAGAUGUUAUCUAAACUAAUUUUGAGUAAAAUACAUCUUUACUUUAAAGUUUUUUAAUUGGGAUUAAUAUUAGUAAUGACUGUGGUAUUAGAUAUUGUGAUCUGUAGCCAGAAAUUUGAACUGCUAUACUCAUUGCAGAUCACUCCCAAAAUAAAUGAAAUAAUUGUGCCCAUAGUUUGUCAUUUUUAUAUAUACAAAUCUUUCAGGUCCAUAAGUUUGUUAGCGUUGUGUGCCUAUGUCCCAUACUUUGUGCACACUGAAGUGUACCUUUUUCUGUUUGAGUUUCAGAACAACAUUUUAGUUAUGUAUGCUGGCUUCUGGACAUUAUCCUUAUAUUUCUAGACAGUAGAUUAUAUGGUUGUUGAAAUUUUGUCACUAAUUGUAGUUUAUGGUGAGCCUAGCUUUGUUGCUGUUUUUGUGCAAAAGUUGUUACAGUCAAAGAUUCACAUUCCAUAUAUUGACACAUGUGGAUCCUACAAAAUGUGUUCAUUAUGUUCCAGAAGGUGAUACCAGCUUAUAUUUAAAUUGUAUAGAUUAGUGAAUUUGGAAAAUAUUUGUUACUUUUGGCAGAAGAUUAAGACAGCUUCUUGUUCUGUAAAAUUGCAGAGUGUAUUUGACACUGGUACCUGCUUAGCAUGUUGCAUUUGUAACUGUUUGUAGGCUCCAUCAUCAAUAAUCUCUUUGUUACUAAAAAAAAAAAAUCCUAAACAGAUUUUCUUUUCUCUAAUGAAGCUGUUGAUAUUAAGUUGAAGAGUAAAGUAAAGUAAACUAAAGCAAAGCAAAGCAAAGCAAUGCAAUACGCUCUUACCAUUGUUCUGCCUAGUCAUCAAACAUUUCUUUACUUUUCACUACAAAAGUGUAAUUUUUAUGCCAUAAAUGCCGUGUAUUGCUCCUAAUAUAGGCAACACUUUUCACUAUUCUAAUACAAGAUUUUAAUUAAAGAAAAAUAAGUAACUUUUGUUCUUAAAUGUGAUGAAAAUUUCCCUUUCAUGUGUAAUUUCAAAGUGAUUGUAUUUUACAUUUUCCACAUUCUAAGUAAAUUAUCAAGCUAUCUUUAUUUAUAAAAUAAUUACUUGCUUAUUUCUUAAAUAAACUGUUUCCAGUGUUACAUUCAAUAUACAUUUCCUCUCUCUUUUCUUUAAAAUCUCUCUUAAAAAUCAUUGUUCUUUAUGACUGAAGGGUAAGAGUAUUAUUUCUUUCUGGUUCAUAAGUAAUUGGUUUACUUUGAAGUUUUGCAGUUUAUUAUGAAAUUGCCAAAUAGUGCAGUUGUAAAUGUAUGCUACAUUAUUGACUUUAUAAUCAUAUCAAUAUAUGUGUAAUUAUUCGUUUUGAGACUUUAAGUCCUUAAAGAAUGCCUCCUUCUCUAUGUUUUCCAAUAUCUUAUUUUUCAUACUUAAACCUUAUUAUCUUCAAAAGAUUUUUGCAGACUCAUCUAAUAUUAAAUAUUGUCGGAGUAUAGUGUUAAACAGCAGACCCUGUUGUAAUGUGAAUUAAUGCCUCCAUUGUACAAGUUUUUCUUGAACAGUUUUAUCUGAAAGUGGGUAUAUUCAUGUUCUGAGCUAUGCAUUAUAGAUGUUUAAGCGGCCACAAAAAUUACAUUCUCAAUUAAUAUCAUCACUAGAAUUGUAUAGAUCAGUGAGUUACUAUAAUGUAUCCAUAAAUAAUCAAUCCCUGUUAUUGUUGUGAAUGAUUUGGAGCUUUGAAUAAUCCCACAUUCAUUUCCUUUGUGUUCAAACUGAUUUUAUAUUGUAAUUAAUCAGCGGAAACCUCAUCAUAAAGUCAGAAGUUGUACAAGGACCUUGUCUGUGUGCUAACAACUAAUGUAAAAUAACACACUUAUGAAAAAUCUGAAUGUACAAAUGUGUGUUAAGAGAUUAAACUACUUCCUGCCAGAGAUAUUAACAUCCUUUGAUAAGGAAUUUUGAAAUGUGGAAAAAUCACAUUGAUAGUGUUCACUAUUCUUUUAGUAGGAAUAUGAUCAGAACUUCCCAUCUGGUCACUCACUACAGAUGACAAGAUUUUCUAUUUAUUGUUGGCAUUAAAGCUCCAAGUCAUUCCAUUUGGACGAUAGUAUUAUUCAGCACUUACUUUAAACUAAUUACAAAAGUGGUUUUAGUAGAUGAAAAUCGAUAAGGCAUGAAAGCAUAUGUGAGUUACAAAUUAACACUCUGUAUCUCUGCUCUAGAUGAAGAAUCAAGAGUUAUUCAUUGGUCAGACCUUAUCUUUGCUCUUCCUUGUCCAGACAUACUGUAAGAUGUUAGGUUCUUCAAAUAUGUGCUUUAGGUGCACUUUUUGUGAUAAUUGUGGUUAAUAAUUUUGAAUCCAUUUCAUCUGUGAAAAGAAAAAAUAUCAUCUUGUAUUUUGAAAAUCAGUAUUUAAUGUGUUAUUUUUUGAGGACAGUCUUUUGUGAGCUUUUAUGUACAGCUCUCACAUAGGAAAGAAGUGAACUCAUUGUUGAAGUUGAGAAAAUUAUUUCUCACUAUUUCCAUUUGCAUUUAUUAUAACUGUCUCAGUUUUCCUAAGUAGUUGAUUUAUUUCAUAGCAAUAUUGUUUUAGAAAGUAUUGCUAGUCUGUUUGCUAUUUUAUGUUACUGCCAGUUUUGUGUAUUAAGUUGUCCACUGAUAUUGUUGAAAGUGGUUACUGAUUUUCAGUUAGUAUGUAGAAAUGUACACUCCAGUGGAUCCUGGUCAUCGUCAGUGCACAGUGCACAGUCGUGCUUUGAGGGAGGAACUGUAAUAAGUGUACGAGUGUUCACAAUGGAAUUGUGUAGUGAACUCAGUUUGGCUGUGACAUUAAUCCAAAGAAAUAUGUGCUGUGGGCAUUAUGGAACAUGGAAUUAAAAUAAAUGUGUCAGAUAAGUCCGAGUUCAUGUAAAGUUUUACCGUGUGCAUAAGGAGUCCCAUUAAAAUGAGCAAAGUUA